AUGGUGAUAGAUAUUGGGUAUCCCCUCAACGUGAUGGUGAUAGAUAUCGGGUACCUCCUCAAUGUGAUGGUGACAGAUAUCGGGUAUCUCCUCAACGUGAUGGCGAUAGAUAUCGGGUACCUCCUCAACGUGAUGGUGAUAGAUGUCGGGUACUUCCUCACUAUGAUGGUGAUAGAUAUCGGGUACCUCCUCACUAUGAUGUUGAUAGAUGUCGGAUAUCGGGUACCUCCUCACUAUGAUGGUGAUAGACAGAUGGGGAAAAUCCUCAACGUGAUGGUGAUAGAUGUCGGGUACUUCCUCAGCGUGAUGUUGAUAGAUGUUGGGUACCUCCACAACGUGAUGGUGAUAGAUAUCGGGUACCUCCUCGUCAUGAUGGUGAUAGAUAUCGGCGUGAUGGUGACAGAUAUCGGGUACCUCCUCACGAUGAUGGUGAUAUAUAUCGGGUACAUCCUCAACGUGAUCGUGAUUGAUAUCGGGUACCUCCUCAACGUGAUGGGGAUAGAUAUCGGGUUCUUCCUCAACGUGAUGGUGAUAGAUAUAUCGGGAAACUCCUCAACAUGUCAGGUACUUCUCCGUGUCACAGUUACAGAUGUCGGAUACUUCUCCCUGUCACGACUACAGAUGUCAGAUGUUGGGUACCCCUUCAACGUGAUCGUGACAGAUGUUGGGUACCUCUUCAAAGUGAUAGUGACAGAUGUUGGGUACCGCUUCAACGUGAUGGUGACAGAUGUUGGGUACCUCUUCAACGUGAUGGUGACAGAUGUUGGCGUGAUGGUGACAGAUAUCGGGUACCUCCUCACGAUGAUGGUGAUAUAUAUCGGGUACAUCCUCAACGUGAUCGUGAUUGAUAUCGGGUACCUCCUCAACGUGAUGGGGAUAGAUAUCGGGUUCUUCCUCAACGUGAUGGUGAUAGAUAUAUCGGGAAACUCCUCAACGUGA